AUGGCGACCUCCGCGAUUUUUAUACUCGAUUUGAAGGGAAAAGUGAGCAAAUCGGAGUGGAAUUCGACAGAAAAUGCACAUUUUCAGACGAUAAUCUCGCGAAACUAUCGAGGAGACGUCGACAUGACCGCCAUCGACAAGUUCAUCACUUUGCUAAUGGAGAAAGAGGAGGAGGGCUCCGCGUGCCCGGUGCUCACACAUCAAGACACCAAUUUUGUGUUCAUCAAGCACACGAACAUCUAUUGUCAGUCUGAAAUUGUUGAAAAUGACAAAAUUUGCGCGAAAAAUGUGAACUUUCAAAAAAAAAAUGGAGGAGAUGAUCCAUUUCGGGCCAAAAGGUCCAAAAAAUGUUUGGGUCCGAGCGGUCAAAGGCUAAAACACACACCACAAAAAAAGUCGCGACCGGCAAAUGUCGAGCCCUGAGAAAAAUACAAAAAAACGUCUAGUUUUUCCAAUUUUCCCAUGUUUUCAGUGGUGUCGGCAUGCCGCUCGAACGUGAACGUGACAAUGAUAUUGUCGUUUCUGUACAAGUGCGUCGAAGUGUUUUCCGAAUAUUUCAAAGACGUCGAAGAGGAGUCCGUGCGCGACAAUUUCGUCGUCAUUUACGAGUUGCUCGACGAAAUGAUGGACUUUGGAUUUCCGCAAACCACCGAGAGCCGCAUUCUUCAGGAGUUCGUUUGCAAACUUAGAAAAAAACGUGACAAUUUUAGUCCGUCCAUUUUCUACUGAUUUUUCCUCAAUUUUGCCCGCUUUUAUGCAAAAAUCGAUAUGUUUGUUCAGGUACAUCACUCAAGAAGGCCAGAAACUGGUGUCGGCUCCUCGGCCGCCGAUGGCCGUCACAAAUGCCGUCUCGUGGCGCUCCGAGGGCAUCAAAUAUCGCAAAAAUGAGGUUUUUCUGGACGUCAUCGAAAGUGUCAACAUGCUUGUGAGUUUUUCGGAUUUUUUGCGCAAUCUUAGGUGUAAAAUGAGCAAAAAUCGAUACUUGGGCACUUUUUUCAGCUUUUCACCUCAAAACCUUUUGAAAAUCGAAAAUGAAUUCAGGCGAGCGGCAACGGGACGGUUCUCCAAUCGGAAAUUGUGGGCAGCGUCAAAAUGCGCGUUUAUCUGACCGGAAUGCCCGAAUUACGGCUGGGACUCAACGAUAAAGUGCUGUUCGAGGGCAGUGGACGUGAGCUUUUCAAAUGUUUUAAUUCCCAAACAAUUUCCACAUUCUUACAGGCGGAAAAAGUAAAUCGGUAGAGUUGGAAGACGUCAAAUUCCACCAAUGUGUCCGUCUGUCCCGAUUCGACACCGAUCGCACGAUCUCGUUUAUUCCGCCCGACGGAGCAUUCGAACUCAUGAGCUACAGGUAUCCAGAGCUUGUUUUUUCUGCUUUUUCACAUCGGAAAACCCGAAAAAACGUCGAGUUUCUACACUUGGCCAGGAAAAUUGAUAUUGUUUCGGGUUCAGGCUGACGACAGUGGUAAAACCGUUAAUUUGGAUCGAGACGAGCAUCGAACGACACAGCCAUUCGAGAGUUUCGUUCAUAAUCAAGGUUUGUUCAAAAUGUUUGAAUUUUCUGCAAUUUUCCUUCACAGUGUUGGCGCACAAGUCGUAUUUGAGUUCACCGUACCGUAUAUUGAAUUUUUGCAGGCAAAAUCGCAAUUUAAGCGUCGCUCGACGGCGAACAACGUCGAGAUCAUCAUUCCGGUGCCGUCGGACGCCGAUUCGCCGAAAUUCAAAACGAGCAUCGGAUCGGUGAAGUACACGCCCGAGCAAAGCGCAUUCGUGUGGCACGUCAAGAGCUUCCCAGGUUGGAUCUUCCGAAUAUUUAAAGUUUUUUGAUUUUGCCCCCGCCUUGUCAUUUUGGCGCGCAAUUCUGACAUUGUGUUUUUCAAUGUUGUCACAGGCCGGCCCUUUAGAAUCAUUUUUGUUUGCAGGCGGCAAAGAAUACCUACUCACGGCGCAUUUCUCGCUGCCGUCGGUGAUGAGCGAAGAAUCGGAAGGACGUCCGCCGAUCAAAGUGAAAUUCGAAAUUCCGUACUUUACCACGUCUGGAAUUCAGGUUUGCGCCUGCAAAAGUGUUCUCUCUGGAAUGUGUGAAAUUUUACAGGUUCGCUAUCUGAAAAUCAUCGAGAAAAGCGGCUACCAGGCACUUCCGUGGGUACGCUACAUCACGCAGAACGGCGAGUACGAAAUGAGGAUGAAAUGAUGCGGAAAUUAUCGAUUUUUCAUGUCAAAUUGCCCGAUUCUGUUCAAUUUUCUCCCCUUUCCCCGUAAUUUGUGGCGAGGAAAUCAAGCGAAAUCCUUCCGCUCGCCGCCGCUUUUUUCUAUUUUAAAUCGUCGUCCUCAACUCGGCACAACACAUGCUCUUUUCCCUCUUUUCCAGCUGUGUGCUCGGCCGGAGCAGCGAGACGGAGCAUUCCUUUUUUUUCGGAUGACCUGACGAGCCCGAAAUCCACACUUUUCGCUAAAUUACCCACAAUUUUUUGGAUUUUUUUCUGAAUUGAAAAAAGUUUUUAGCAUUUUCCAAUUUCCAGAGUUGUGCCCCUAUUUUCCUUCCCUAUUUUCGCUUUUUUUCAGCAUAAUUCAAAUUAAUUCCGUCUCAAUCUCAUGUGUUGUUUGGAUAUACUAUUUUAACGUGUCCGGCGCUUUUAAGAAGAUCCUCAAAAUGAACAUUUUAUUUUUACACUGUUUUACCAUUUUGCAGGUCCCGGAUUACCCUGAAAAUUAUUUGUGCGACUUAAAAAAUGCGUUCAAAAUCGGUUUUAGAGCGGAAAUGCUGCGAGCGACGGUGAUUUUUCGACGUUGUUUCGCAAAUUCUGCAUUUUUGCGUCAAAUCGCGUACACUGACGACGAAUUGCGUCCCGACGGACGGCUCCUCGACAGAAUCGUCGACGAUCUAAAGGUUUGCACUACUAAACACCGGCGGAAAAGUCGAAAAACGCGAAAUUUUGCAGAAGAACGGAACGACUUUUGUAAUUCCGGGACGCGAUUCGUUCGCCCGACACGAAUCUGUGCAGGUUUUCGAGAAAUUGGUCAAAAAUGGUACGGUAGACACAAAUACAUCGGCGGCGUCAAAACCGUGGCGAAAACUGCGCGGAAUAUGAGCAGAAUAAUCGACUUUCUCCCAAAUUUUUCAUUAUUAACGGUUACGGCAGGCAAACGUGUCCGUCUGUGUAGACACCAUGGCAAAAAGAAAAUGUCUUCACAAAAAUUGCGUUUCUGUGCGUUUUUCGCGUGACGGUGUUCACGUACCUCCUCAAAACGAGUGAAUUGUAGGUGUUCGUCCCGAAUUUCUGAUCGACGCGAACGUCAAAAACGCGUCGCUUUUCCGAUCGGUCGUCUCGCAGCCUGCGCCCUCUUUCCAGGUAUCCUCCUUGUUCCGAACACUUUUUUUUUUAGAAGGAUUACUGUAAUAAAGAUAGAAAAUGCGAUUUUGCAGGUGAUUGAGACACUCGUCAACGUCGGAUAUCUCACUUUCGAAGAUGCGAUUCGUCUUUUGGCACUGUAAGUCGAUGCGUCACAUCGUACGCGCGCGCAAACCUGGUGAUUUCUGAACCAUUCGGCUUGCGAACAGCAAUUUGUCAAAAAUUGCGCAAAAAGUUUACCGUUAUCAGAGCGUGUCAUCCAUCCGCCCCCGAUUUCACACCUCUUCAAUCACUUUCACUUUUUCGCGCCCGCGCAAAAUUGACACUUUAAAGACGUUUCUUGUACAGUUCUUGAAAAUUUUUGUCCGAUCAUAUCCAAAUUUUGCCAUAUCAUCGGUCUUGGUUUUUUGAGUUUCUAUCUAGCCACGGUCUCCCAGGGCGAUAAUGCUAAACACAGUGCGCUCGUAAAUUGCGGAGUGUCGUUGUAACUUUUGAAAAUUUGCAGGUCUAAAAAUAGAGUUCAAUUCGAGUUUACGACCUUUAUUUCUAUCUUUUUGACUUGAAAAACGUCUAGAAAACAUUAUUUUACUGGUUGGAAACCGUUUUUUACAAAAUUUAGAGUUUUUGAUGUUUUUCGCAUUUCGUCAAAACUUCAAACCUUUAUAUUUCAGCUCAUUUUGCAUUUCAUGAGCCCAACGAACGAUAAAAAUGUUAGCUGAAUCUUUCUUCACAAAAUUCAGGUUCCGGUGGUUAGUUUUCUUGAGCAGUUUUCGAAAACUACUCGAAAAAUAUCAAAAUACAGGCCAAAACCUUCAAAUCGAAAUAACUCGGCUAAUUCUCAACGAUUUCUGUUACCAAAACGUAGCUAGUGCUCUAAUUAUGCAAAUCCAGGCUCCAGGCGUACAAAAAUAGGUGUAUUGUACAUAAAACAUGGAAAGAACGCGGCUUCCCGUUGAAAAUUAAUUAAUCGGUCGCCGCGUAAAUCGACACAGCCCGCCUGUUGCAAGUGCGCCCCAUUGAAAUUAUUCGCGCCGUGGGAGACCGUGUCUAGAAAGUUUCAGUCCGAACGGAUUAUUUGAUCUGGAGAUGUAUUGAUUUGAAACUGAAAAAUUCCGCAUUUCAAAUCAAUCCACCGCAUCGAUAAUCGUGUAAAGUUACGGUUCAAUCGAGUAACUGGAGUGGUUUCGAUAUUAUUAGGAAACACUUGAUAAUUGAUAUCAUCAAAUGUUAGUGUGAUUUUGCCCAAGGAAUGCGUGUUACAAAGCUAACAGAGAAACCGAAAAAAGUGGGCAUUCGGGCGCCGCCGCGAUCUCUUCUGUUUUGUGGUUUCAUCGAUGAUGAGACAUUCUAAAAGAUUAUGGCCAUUCUGCAAUCAUAACAUUUUGGAACAUGGUUUCAAUUUCCCACCCUUUCUUUCUUUGUCAGCGACUCCGUCACUAAGGUUACGGUUUUCGAUACUGAUUGCAAAUCCAAUACGUUUCAAUUUUCCAUAAAUCGUUGCAAAAAGCCUUGCAACCAAAACACACUGAUCCCUCCACAAAACCCCUUGUUUGUCUCCCAAAAUGAUGCGCAUCCAUCUUCGUCGCGAAUGCUCCGAAAAUCCGCGGAAAAGAACAAAAAGCACCACGCACUAAUCGAGUUAUCCCCCCUUUUCGCCGUCUCUUUCGCUCUCUGCCUCCAUUUCGCUCCGAAACUCUACAAUAAACAUUCAGAUUCCCGGACGAACUGCUGCGACAUGGUGCAUCGGCGGUCGGCAAGUCGAUCGAAGCGCUCGCGGCGUGCGGAAUCUCCACUCCACGAGCCAUCGCGUCGGCGAUCAAACGGUGUCCGCCGCUGCUUUUCGCCCGAAAUCCACACGAAAUGCAACGAUUGGCCCACGAGAUUGGCGGAUUCUUCUCCAGAAGACAGGUGGGUCGAAAAUCGUGACGAGACCCAUAAGUGCUUGAUAUCAUUGACCCGGAUAAUCUCAUCCACGAGGGUUUCGCUUAUCCGCUAAUAAUCCAAUCCAUAUUAUCCAUCCUACUUUUUUCUUCUAUUUUUACCGCCCCAUUUUUUCAGGCGGGUCACCUCAUCUCCCGAUGCCCGCAAAUUUUGCUCAAACCCAUCGACGAAAUUGAGGAAAAAUACGAGUACAUCUUCUAUCAGGUAGGCCGAAUUUUACGAAAAAGUACGCAAAGUGUCGUAAUAUUCGUUGUGCGCGGUGUUUACGGACUUUGCACUCGAAUCGACGAACGUUUGCGUAGACGCGCGAUGUUUGAGAAACGGAUUGAACACCUAUGAACGUUUAUUCCGAAUUUGAGAUGAGCGGCGACGCGGAGGAGCUGGCCGACUGCACCGCGUGGAUCGAUACUAUGAGUUUGGAGGAGCUGAUCGACCGUCACAAAUUCCUGCUCGCCACCGGAAAAUACACGACGCCCGACGCGAAGCGGCCGCAGAUUCGGAUGGAAAAUCCGAAAUUGAGCCGCAUCAUCGACAGUUCCGACGAGGAUUUCGCCACAAAUGUAUGGAAACGAAAGGGGGAAUACGGGAAAAAUGCGACAUUUUAGGUCGCCCGAGUGAGUAUGGAAGAGUGGGUGGUGUACCAGGCGUUGCGAGUCAAACAGACGAUCAACGAGACGAAGGUGAGUUUGGGGUCUAGCAACGGACGCCGAUUCGAUUGGCGGCGCGACAAACUUCAUGCCUAAAACAUGGUCAAAUUAAGGAGCGCAAAUUCGAGCGUGUGAAGCCGUCGAAACGGAAGGCGUACGAACGUCGGCACAAGGAGCGUGAGGAGCUCGGCGAGCACGUAUUCUCUCAGUGACCGAUGAUGUCUGCCCCCGAAAAGAAAGAAAGAGAGAGAGAGAGAGAGUAGAAGACCUCCCCUCUCUCUUCUUCUUCUUCUUCUUCUUUUCCCCCCGUUUCCUUGUCUCGUUUCGGGCGAAGGGACCCUCUUCUUCUUUUUCUUCUUCUUUUCAAGACCCCCCCUUGUUGCUGUUGGAAAUAUUGUUCAUUUCAUUUCAUUGUUCUUAUCACAAAACAUUGUUCUCGAAUUUGUACCCUUUCAAGGUUUUUGAAGGUUCGUUGCCUUGCCUUAUUUAUCUCUUUAAACAAAUUUCUGAAACAAUUAACCACGUUUCCAGAUAUUUUUGCCAAUUUGUUGCCUUAAAGCUCAGGAAAUAUGCAGUGAUUGAGAUUUUGAAGGUAUUCAAAAAGUGUUAUCCGAUAAAUAUAAGGUUUUUUCAAACAAUUUCAAAUUUUAGGUAAUGUUCAGCUACAGCGACGAGGCGGCGUUCACCGAGCACCUUCAGCCCUGGUUUGAGCUCGUCAAUCCGAGAGCAUCCUGUUAUUCCGUAAGUUUGUGCACACUUUUGAGCCUCUUCUUCAUUUAUGGCGUUAAAUUAGCGGUUAAGAGCUGACGCCCGUCCCUUUUUCACUUUUUUGAGCCUCCUAGUCGUUUUGCUCUUUUUCUCUUCCCUUUUCAAAGAAAGCAUGUGAAAGAACGAAUGAAUGCAACUAGUUUUCGCCGUCCUUCCGACACCCUUUUGCACAUGAAAAAACGACGCCGACGACGCCGACGAACCUUUUUUUUUCGCUCUUUUUUCGCUCGCGCCCGCCCAUUUUUGCUGGACGGGAGGCGGAAAAGAAGCGAGAGAAAGAGGCACGGCGCCAAGAGCACACGAGGGUCUUCAGGGCUCGCGGAGCCCGCCGUGGCGCCAGCGCCCGCCCUCAUUUCCAUCGGCCUCCUGGCCAACUGACUGCCGAGAACGAGAAGAACGAGCGAGAGAGAGAGAGAGAGAGAGAGAGUGUGUUUCGUUUUCGCGCUCGCCGCGCACACAGCCACUGUUUCAAGAGCAUUGAUGAGGGAACCUCUUCUUCCUUUUCCAUUUCGUGUCGAUGACGUCACACUCGCGAGGCAACCGUAUCCUUUGCAGAUUUUGAGAGUCUGAAACCGUGAUAACACAGCUGUGCUCGACGCAAUACCCGACCUUUCCGAUAACAAACUCCUCACUUUUUCGGUCGUUCUUCUCUUCCGAAAAACACGAAAUUUUAUCGCUCGCGAGUGUUUCUUCGGGUUUCUAGAAGCAUUUUAGCUGGAAACGCACACCGAACACUUUUUUUUGAAUGUUCUCACGAAACGGCUAAUGAUAGGGUUCCGAUGCGGCGAGAGUUUCGAGAAAAAAGGGGCGUGGCUUUGGAUUCGACGCAUUUUUCAGUUUUGAUUUCUAUAGUUUCUACAAGGCGCUCGUUGAGUUGUAAGUAGAGACCUACAUGGCUCGAAAUUUCUAUUUUAAGGACGUUUUUUCUGAGCACUUGAGAAAAAACGUCUCACUCAUGGUUGCGAAACGUCCCAUGACAUUACCACGUUCAUUUUCAUGUGCAAAACAAUUAUAUUCAUUUUCGAUACGCCAAAAGCAAUUAGAAGUUCACUCACUCGGCCCAUUUUCCAACUUUAUGAGCGGAAAUAGAGUUGAGCGUAGCUUUUGUAGAAUCACAUUCUCGACGGCCUGGUUUAGGUUAGGACAUUUUUCCAAACAAGUUUCGAUCACGAUUUCCAAUUUUACACAUCCCCGGAAAUCUGAAAUUUCCAAAGCUCCCGCUCCUACCGUAACCCCCUCAAGCCCCUUGAUUAAUGCGAACCUUAUCUGAGAGCAGACGAACACCGCCGCCGAACCCCCUCAUCAUUUCACGUGUUCUCGUUCGUACUGCCCAAUUUUCGACGUUUUUUCUGCUCCGAAGAACCCCGUAAUUCGCGCAUUCCCAUCGGCUCUUUUUUUGCGGUAAAAUGCCCACGCAUCGGUGCGUUCGCGAGUGAAUUCUUGAGAUUUCGCAUUUUUGAUUAGUCCGCGCAGACACGGGGGUUUUAGAAAUUCAGACGAGAUUAGAUGAACUCUCUUGUAAGUGCAACGUUUUUGUUACCAAUAAGACCUCGCAGUUGUACUCGAUUUAAAGGCGCACAGCCCGAAAAGGCAAGAAAAAACCGCAUCGGUUUGCUGUUUUUGCAAUUCAAAAUUGUUCGAAAUCGAAACGUUCGCAUGAAAAUGAUGGGAACGCCAUGAUCGGGUUUCCGUUUUUUCCCCUCCCGACCGUUUGACAUGAUUUUUAUGUGCCCACAAAAACACACACACACACAUCUCCUUUUUUAUAUUCGCUCUCCUUCUUCUUUCAUUUCCGUUUCGUUGAAAAUCUGAACAACUUCAAAAUUGUCCGUUGUUUUUUUUUUCGGGAAACCCACCCGGAAAAACGAGUGUAAUAGACUAAUAGUAUUAAAAUGGGUGACUUUGAGAGUUUGAAACUGUGAUAACACAGAUGUGCUCGUCGCAAUACCCGACCUUUCCGAUAACAAACUCCUCACUUUUUCGGUCGUUCUUCUCUUCCGAAAAACACGGAAUUUUAUCGCUCGCCCGUGUUUCUUUGGGUUUUUAGAAGCAUUUUAGCUGGAAACGCACACCGAACACUUUUUUUUUGAAUGUUCUCACGAAACGGCUAAUGAUAGGGUUCCGAUGCGGCGAGAGUUUUGAGGAAAAAGGGGCGUGGCUUUGGAUUCGACGCAUUUUCAGAAUUGGCAACCGUUCUUUGUCAGUUGCAAAACGACGUCUCGGUACCGACGUGAACUUUGCAGUGCAAUUUAUCGUAAAAGUAGUUCACGUUGGUUGCGAAACGUCGGGUUUCAAAAUGACCGGUUAGAACCUGUUCGACAACGUGACCCGAUUCGUCACGUUAACACGUCUCCCCCUCACUCGUGUUCGCCUCAUUCCUUCCCGAUAAUGAUGAUGAUGGUGCCAUCCGGAUACUUCCAGCACCAACCACCUCCUCCGCUCCCGCACCAUCACUCGUUCGCAAUGGGAUCCACCACCGAAGACGUCGGCAACAACAACAACUUCGAGGACACGCGGACCGUCCGUCAGGCGCUGCUCGGACUCAAAUGCGAACCGCCGUCCGCCAGCGGAACCCCGCCGCAACUAUUGCUCAAUUCGUCGCCGGUGUCGGGCGCCGGAGGAGUCACCACACCGCCCUUCUCGCCGGCAAACGCAGAUGGUAAGCGAAUUAAUUAGUUGCCGUUAAUUUUAGCAGACGCUGUUUUUCAAUUCAAAAAAAAUUAAUUGCCCAAAAAAACCAUUGAAAACACUACAGGCUCGAAUCUGAUCAAAUUCUUCUCCGGAUCCAUAUUUCCAUCAUGGAGUAGGUUCAUCCGAAAAAGCCACGUCAUUUGUCUCUUUUUCUCUCUCUCUCUCUUUCUCUUCCCUCCGUCUCAUUCUCCCAUUGUUUCAUCCCGGAGCGAGCAAAAAAAAAAAAGCGAUGAAAAAACCAUGGAAUGGGAGGUCGACACUCUGCGUCUCUCAUUUUUCUGCCGCAUUCGGACGCCCUCCGUGUUCCCUUUUUCCCCGCUUUUUCUUGUGUGUGUUCAAGUUCCAACACACAAACGCCGUUUUUGAGAGUGUCCCUUAAAAAAUUAGAGAAAAAGCUUCGUCCAACAACCUUGUCCAAAAAUUGCUUUCCCCCAGUCGUUUUGAUUUUUUAUUCUCCGAAUUGCAGACAAUACCGUCACGCACGCGCACUCGCAGCAGCUUCAGCACCAUCACACGGGACUGUCGGCGUUGUCCGUCGUCGGCAGCAUGAUGAUGAAGGAGACGGCCGGAUGCGUGGGCGGCGCAUCCGCAGCCACAUUCGGCGAUUUCGACUACAUGAUGAUGCAGCCGCUGCAUUUGGGUGAGUCAAGCGACUUGCAACGGGCGUUCUGCGCUGGGCAAACCGUCUGGACGUUAGACACACUUGCAACAAUCCAAACCAAAACUUUUUCGGCCUCUUGAACACGGAUUGAAGUAUUUCUCGUCCAAGUUUCAGACCGAUCGGAUUGUCGGCCCCCCAGGCGAUCUUCUCGGGGCCCGAUAAUUCGAUCGGCCUGAAACUUUGACCCAAAUAACUUUAAUAUUGCAAGUGUGCCUUCUCCGGCCUUUGAAAUCUUUUACUCUUUUACUCUUUUGCCCUACACUGACCAAGACCGGGGUUCAACUGAACUAUUCGUUUAUUGGGAGUCUUUUAACAAGUAUUACAACAAAGAGGAAGGAAAUUACCUGCUAGCUUAAAGAUUUUAAAAGGAAUGCAAUUGUGCUCUUCCAGAAUUCAAUAGAAAAAGAAGUGGAAUUUGUUUCGCGGCAGAAAUAGUUUUCAUUUGAAAGUCUGCAUAGCGCUGAACUUCAGCGGCUGAAGUACUCAAGACAAAUCACGAACGUUUUGAGUUCAGAAUCGAUCCUUCCAGCGAUUGGCCGUCACUCGUCGCAAGGUUCCGAACGUCAAAUGUCAACGGAGAGUUCAGUGGCGGCGGCGGCGGCGCCGAUUCCGUCGACGAAACGCUCGCGCUCCACACACGACGGACUCAUGAAAUGCCUGUUUUGUCCGAGAAAAGUGUCGAGCGAGGAUGCGGUGAGAGUCGAGAGAAAAAAAACACGGGACUGUGCACACAAACUCGGAUUUCAGCUCGACCGUCACAUGGCCGAGUGUCAGGUGAUCCGGCCGCACGAAUGCGAGCGGUGCGGCAAGAGAUUCAAGGCGCGCGGCGGACUGCAACAGCACAUGCGCAUUCACAACAACGAGAAGACCUACUCGUGCCAGUACUGCACCAAACGAUUCACACAGAAGAGCCAUUUGGAUCAGCACGAGCGGAUUCACACCGGUUAGUGGAUUUUUUUGCGAAAACCUUUGGUACCACGAGACACCCCCCGUCCCAAGCCGUUUGGAUACCUGUUAAGCUGUUAUCGAUAACGUUUUUCGUUGUUUUCCUCCCAAUAAUCCCCAAUUUUUCUCGCAUUCAGGCCUCAAACCGUUCAUGUGCACAUUCUGCGGCCGCGCCUUCCGUCAACGCUCGCAACAACUCGGGCACGAGGCGACGCACCUCAGCCACUUUGCCGCCUCCAAUCACAUUUGCGCCUCUUCCGGCUCCGCGUCGGCCGUCCCGACGACUCCAUCCUCUUCGUCGGGAGCAUCUUCCGCGUCGCCGAUCAAAGAGUCGCCGACUGUUGCGAUGGGCGGAAUCCACCCGCCGACGCCUUCGCCCGAACAACAGCAACAACUGAAUAUGGCGGCGGCGGUGAUGAUGCAGCAGCAGCACGAGAUCUCGUCGCUUCUCGCCCUUCAGGACUUCCAUCAGAAUUCGCCGCCCGCCGCCUCGCGCUCUUCCGUUCAAUUCGUGCCCCAAUCGGCGGCCGAGGCGACUGCCAAUGGAAUGAGAAUGCUCAGCCACAUUGCUUCCUAA